AUGAGUUCUGCGAACACUGCCUCCCCAUUCAUAACUUAUCAAAGGGAACUUUGCCCGCCUUUUCGCAGCUCCAGUCUUCGCGAGUUUUCAUCGCCGCCCCGAAGAGGCGCUUGGAAGCCCGUUGGGGGGCGCCGGGCGCGCGGCCAGACCCGCUGCGGAGGGGGCUACGACCGGAGGAAAAUGUUUUGUCCCGCGCGCGCGCUCAAGCCUACGCCGGCGCGGCUGCAGGCUGCCCCGUCUGGCGUACUGGGAUUGCUCCCGGUGCCUCCCUCAGUGGCGUGCUCGGCUGCAGUGGGCUUCAUGGCUGGGGUAACCCCCUCCCUGCUCAACCCCACCGCAUCGCUGGACUUGAACCGAAUGAGAUCUGUCUGA